UUUAAUGCUCGAGUUCAUGUUUUUUUGUGGUUUUUCUGUGUUCGAUUUCGGCUUGGUUGUUCAUUCUAUCAAAUCCAAUCAGUUUCAUCCAAAAAUUUCCAUUUUGAUUGGUUUUUCUUGGAUCCGAAUUCAUGAAUCUUGUUUAGCAUGCAGUUGAUAGAAAAAAGAUGGGAUUUUUGGGUGUUUUGAAGUUUGGAUUGGUGUCCAAUCUAUUGAGACAGCAUUGAUUGAAGGUGAAUUUCUUUGGAAUGUAGGGCAUUGAUGGUGAACAAUCCCAAUAAUCAGUGGUUUCAUGGACAAAAGAUUUGAAGAAAAAGGACUAGAAUCCAAAGGCAAACCUUUGGGUAAAUUGAUGAGGAGACGAGGGAGGCAAUGUGUUUCAAUGGCUGAUUCACAAGGGAGGUUGUCUGUAGAUGCUUCAUUAGAAGAAAUAACUUCAAUUCGAAUUAACAAUGGAGAUGAUUUGACUGGUUUGAUUGAGUUUGUUAGAGAUGAUAGCUCUCUGUUGAGCAUGCAACCUUGGGUAUAUGAGAAAGAAGUUUGUAGGCUUGAUGAUGAUGGGAUUAGAGGAAAUUGUGAAUUUUCCAAUGAUUGUUCUUGGGAUUCAAGUGUGGCUGAGGUUUCCUCUCCGAGGAGUAGUGUUGCUCUUCGUCGUGGAUUCGGGAGACAUCGUAGUUCACUUAGUAGUCGAUUGCAUUGCAGACUCUCUGUUAAGCCUGUUACUUCUUCCAUUGAAGAUCAUCCUGUGACUCCGCUCAAGAAUUUUGAGCUCGAAGAUUAUUUUUUCAGUUCAAGUUCACCUUCAACUGUGAGGCCAUUUAUCGUAACUGAUGAGAAUGACAGUGUUAUUAGUAAUUCAAGUUUGGUUUAUAAGACGGUCAGUGGUGUCAGUGUUGGUGUAAUGGAAACUCUGAUUGGAGUUCCUCCUCUUCCUGCAUCAAGGAAAUCAAAACGAAAAAGCAAACUGUUGCUCGAACAUAGAUCUCAGAAACCUCCGUUUUCACCAGGUUCUUCUGAUGCAAUGCUUCUUUUCUUCCUCGGCAUCAGUAUCGGGGUCAUGUCUACCAGUCAUUCUAACAGAAAAGAAGUGGAAAAGUUGACUGAUUUGCUGAAUCACACCGAAAACUUGGUUCAAGAUUUACAAGAGGAAUUGGAGAUGAACAAUUCGCUAACUGUAAAGGAAUUGCAUGAUGAAGCUUCUGAAAGCGUUGAAUUAAAUGAAGAUUUUGGCAAUGUAGAUAAAUCUAUCAGCUCAUUUCAUAGUCGACUUUCAUGUAUGCAAUCCCCUCAAGAGAAUAAUGCUAAUUGUGCGCAUAAUCUGAGAAAUAUUGAAGCUGAGCUUGAAGCCGAACUGGAGAAAUUGGAGCUAAACAUGAAUGGUAGAGGACUUGAUGAGAUCAAUCCUGGCCUUGCUGGGGAAGUUGUUGGUAACCGGAGAGUCACCAGCAACGAGACAGCAACUCCAAUACAUGAUGCCAAUUAUUCAGUUUCCCCGUGGGAACUCAGCUUGCGCCUCCAUAAGGUGAUACAAUCUAGACUAGAAGAACGAAUUGAAGAACUUGAAAGAGCUCUCGACCAAAGCCAGAAACACGUCAAGGUUCUCGAAUCCGAGAGAGCCAUGUCUCAGACUUCGUUCUCAAACAGCUAUAUGGGUUCUUCAAGCCAAGCGAGCCCAACACUCAUGGAGCAAGAACAUGCUCCUUCUGCACCAUUAUGCUUGAAGUUAUCCGGUGAUGCUUUGAGCGCGUACAAUGAAGCUUACGAUGAAUUCAUUAGAACAACAGAUGUAGAUGAAGACCGAGAGCAAGUGGAUGGUUUAUAUCAAAAAUGGGAGGAGAUUAUGAGAAGCAAUAGAUGUGAUACUGCUGAUGAAAGUGAUGCAGAUGAUGACAACGAUAAUGAAGGGGAAUUGUUAAUCAAACAGAUUGUAGAGAGAGCAAGGAAAGGAUCUCCUGCAUUGAUACAAGCUCAAAGAAUGCUCUUUUCCAUUGAUAAAUAGACUGUUUAGUUCAUGACAGUCCAGAGAAAUGAAUGAAAGUGCGAUCUCAUAAUUUUAUGAAACCGAACGCAAAUUGUGUGAAAGAGACCUGUAAAUCCGAUCACCAUUUGUGUUAUUUGGUUACAGCAUACAAAUUGUAUGGAAGGAAACUGUAAAUUCAGUCACCAUCACUUCUGUUGUCAAGCGCAAAUUGUGGCAAUUUUGUAGUUCGUUGAUUCAUAGUGAAAUGAAAAAUUCAGUUUUGUUUA